CUCUACAACUUCCUCUCAGUGGUGACAGAGCAACACAAACAGAGGCUGAACAGUUGUUGUAAGGAAUCAUGGAUUACAGUGAUGAUAAUAACACAUUUCCUGAUGAUAAUUACACAUUUCCUGACAUUAUUGAGUCUGUGACUCCUGAGAUUCAGCCGAUCCAGAUAGUGGCUCUGGUCAUGUACAGCCUUGUGGUCCUGCUGGGUGUGCCUGGAAAUGCUGUGGUGGUGUGGGUGACGGGGUUCUGCAUGUCCCGCUCUGUCACCUCCCUCUGGUUCCUCAACCUUGCUCUGGCUGAUCUUCUGUGCUGCCUCUCCAUCCCCUUGCUUAUGGUCCCUCUGGUCCAUGACGAUCACUGGCACUUCGGUCCGCUGGCCUGCAGGCUCAUCAGAGGCCUGUUUUACCUGGUGAUGUACUGCAGCAUCCUGCAGCUGGUUGUGAUCAGCGUGGAUCGUUUGUUGCUGGUCAUUAGACCCAUCUGGUGUCAGAACCACAGGCGACCUAAACAGGGUGCUUAUGGAUGUGUUGCUGUGUGGGUCCUGGCCCUGAUAGGCAGUAUCCCACAGUUUGUGUACGCCAAGCAGAUUGUGGCAGGUGACGAGAAGAGAGAGUGUAGGAUGGAGUACACUGUAGACAGUGCCUGGCCUGUCUCUGCUUUUCGCUUCCUGAUUGGAUUCAUUAUUCCUUUCCUGGUUAUUCUAGUUUGUCACUUGGUGGUUUUCAACAAGACACAGAGGAGAAUGACACGAGGUCGGACCCGGUCCAAGAAAACCCUGAGGGUCAUCAUCGCUGUGGUGCUGAGCUUCUUCUUGUGCUGGAUACCUCUGCACAUUGUGGAUUUCCUCAUACUGACCACCCCUCGGGCUUCCCCUGUGAGUCCCAAACUUCACCUGGCACACGUUAUAGCGCUCUGCCUGGCUUACUUCAACAGCUGCCUCAACCCUCUGCUCUAUGUGUGUCUGGGUCAAAGCUUCAAAGACAGCAUGAACCGCUCACUGCGUAACAUCCUCCACUUUAUCAGUGAGGAUCCGACUACCAAGAUCAGCAUCACCCAUAUGGACACCAAGAGCACCAGUAAUGGCAAGGAGAUGACAACAAUAUGAUUGUGUACUGACUCUAAUACACAGACAGGACUGGUGUAAUAUAACAAUUUCCAUCACAGUUGAAGUUUCACAAAAGAAUAAGUAAAUUCUGCUGGCCUUGGCUUGGAUUUGAGCCAUUAGAUUUGACUUGAUUUAUAUGAGCAAAAAAAGGUCUGUGGAUACAAAUACCCUGCCUUCACUUUUCAUGAGCUACUAAGAUUUUUUUCUGGUUAAGUUCGGUGGUAAGUAAAUAUGUUUUAAAGAAUCGUUAGAGGUUUCAAAUGUGGAACCGUUACUCAUUCUGCAACAUUUCUGUGAAACAUCAUGUCUUAUGCAACAAAAUUCUUGGCACUUCUAGUUUUUUCUCUCACAAAAGGAAUAUUUUAGAUUCUAUUAAGGUAUUUGUUUUUUUUUUUAUCAUGUAUCGUUUGCCUUUUUGUCAUGUUUUUGUUCAAAUUGUUUGACAGAAAUAAAAUAUAUACACAGAAGUUUGAUUUCUUCACACCUGUAAUUACAGAAAGGUGCAGUAAGUGUUAUUUUCAUACACCACAAGAGGAAGACACACUUUACAUCUCUGAAGCUUCAUUUCUUAAGGUUAAAAAACAGGUGGACCUUAUGAUUAAUAACCUGUAUCAUAUAAGUGUAUUGGACACUACAUGUGGCCUACUGUGGCUGCUGUAGGACAAACAUGUUUCAAACAUGUUUCAAACAUGUUUUCUGAGUGCAUAAUACUAUUUUUUUUUACCCACUGACAAACAUUUCAAGUCCUGCUAAAUUGUAAUAAGCAGAAAAUCGAGCAGCAAAAUGUAAAACUGCCUGUUUCCAUUUAAUAACACAUUAAUAACCUAUUAAGAAGUGUGACUAUUACCUGGAAAUAUCUCUGGUAGUUUCUGUGUAAUAAGCAGGAAACAGCUGCAAAAUGCAGAACUGCCUGUCUCUAUUUAAUAACAACAAGCUGAUUAAAACAAACAUUAGCAAGUCUUUAAUGAACUGGAAAGGCUUAUGCAAAAUGCAAAUUAUUAAGUUGAAAGGAAUAAUACAUAUGAAUAUAUUAGAUUUGUAUAGAAGUGUAGAGGACCCUCUUAGGAAAGAAAGUGGAACUUAUUAUUAAAAUGUCCAGUACAUAAAAAUAAGAUGCCAUCCAUGUUCUUCCGCUUGUCUAAUUCAGGGUUGAUUGACCUCUAACCAUCCAAACAUCCAGCCUCUCUAACAGCAAGUAGCACCAAGCUGCCAGCUUCCAUAAUGCUUCCAUAAUUUCAUAGAAGUAAUGAUAAAAUGCACGAUUAUAAUUUGUGCACAUAGUAAAACAAUUAAUUCUGUCAUGGGCCUGGGUCUGUGACCUGGGGAUCAUGUGUUAUUUUUUGAGUUUAAUGAAUAUUAAGAGUUUUAUUCGUCUUUCUUAAUCAUUUAUGGUUGUGGUGUGAUCUGCUCCUCGUUCCUCGUUUCCCUGUGUGUUGUUGUGUCAGUUUUGCUGCCCCACCAGGUCUGGAGAGUCCCUGCCUUGGAGCCAGCCACACCUGUGAUAAUAACUCACCUGUUGCUGAUCUGCUAAUCAAGGGGCUCUACUUAAGAGAGCAGUGGAGCAGCAGUCGGCACGGGAUCGUUAAACUAGAAAUACAGUUAGUGCGGAGCUCGGGUUUUCAAUACUUUCUUGUUGGAAUGGUUAACGUGUUUAGUCGGCCAGUGGAUGGGGCAGUACUCAUUGUGGCAUCUCUUGUUUCCAGGGUGAUUACGGAAACGUGUGGAGGGAGCAGUACACAGUUGAACACAGGCAUCGAGGAGGACAAAGCACAACCACGCAUCACGGAGAGGAAUCAUGGCACGGGGAAUUGGGAAAGCACACACUGUGGACUGUUGGCACUGUUUUCUGUGUAAAUAAACUCGCUUUCUCCAUUCUAAAAGUCCAGCAUUUGGGUUCUCCUUCCGCCAACCCUGAUAAAUUCUUAUUUUCCCUUUUCUGCCCCCCCAAAAAUGUUAGAAUUACUUGGGGGGGGGGAAUAGCUAUAUUUUGAGCACACCACACCUCCAACCCCUUGCCUAGAUUUGGCAUUAACAGAUGCCACUGAUGUUCAAAAACUGCCACAAACGAUUAGAAUAAAUACAGGGGUAGAGAAUAUACAGUUCAUAUGUUACAAAAGUUCACAAGGACUGAAAAAAGCCCCGCCCCCUAACGGCUAAUCCUUCCGGAAAAGUUUAGCCAUGGCUCUUAUCUAGUAGCUAGCAAGUUCAUAAACCUAGUGCUAAACUGAGAGAAGGCGCAAAAACAGUUUGAAUAAGAGUAAACGUUUUCUCAACAAAUUAGUGCACCAGGUAUAAGAAUCACAGCAAUGCCAACAAUAGUCUCUCCAGUUGCACCUAGGUUUAUUUAUGGCAUUUUCAAACCAUAUCAUUUUAUUCUUCCGCUGAAGGGAGACUGUCUUUUGUCUAUUUCUCUGUAAAAAUUUAUUGAUAAUUAAAUAGUAUGAAAUAAUAGCUGUGACUGUGAAGGUUCUCAGUCAUCCAGGUUAUCGUAGUCAAAGGAGCUUGCAAAGCUUGCAAAUAGCUGUGACAACACGAUCUGGCUAUGGACUAUGGACCCUGCAGAUCCAACCCGGACGGCUGUCACGAUGCAGGGUGCGAUACUUGGUAGCCAAAAGCAAUCAAUCCAGUACCUUUUAGCUCAGUGAAAAUCCCUCAGUGACAGCCAGGCUAAGAUUCUUACGGCCAUCCAAGAAUCCCAGCCCAGUGGAGCUCCCACAUUGGAAGCUACUGCAGCUGCACCUAUACCGCCACCUCUUCUAGAGAGAGCCACUCCUAUUCCCCAAGGCUCAGCCAUGUUUUCGUUUACGCCCUGUUUCCGGGACGCUGCUUCCCCUGAGCCAGAGCCGUUUUCUGGGGAACCAGGUAGUUGAGCCGCUUUUGCAUAACUCAAAAACUAUUUUCCAAGGCUCCAGUCCUGAUUCACCCAGAUGUCCAUUAACCAUUUAUCAUAGAAGUUGAUGCUUCUGAUGUUGGGGUUGGAGUAGUGCUUUUACAAAACACCCUCCAAGCUCAAACCAUGUGCCUUUCUCUCUCGCUGCCCUUGUCCCACAAAAACAAAAUUAUGAUGUGGGGGACAGGGAGCUCCUGGCUGUGAAACUUGCAUUGGAGGAGUGGUGGCACUUGCUGGAGGGUGCUGAGCAUCCCGUUGUAAUUUGGAUAGAUCAUAAGAAUCUCAUGUAUCUUCACUCAGCCAAGAGGGUAAAUGCUCAUCAGGCACAUCUUUAUUCUUUAACUCUUUCAAUGUUUCCAUUUCAUAUCGACCAGUUUCCCGUAACAUCAAACCGGAUGCGCUCUCUCUGCAGUUUGCCCACAGCACGGAACCGGAAGAGGCUCCUUCCAUCCUUCCUGCCAACUGCAAGGUGGGGGCGGUCAUGUGGGAGGUGGAGGAGGAAAUCAAUUGGAUUUUGGAGAUGGAGCCUGACCCAGGCACAGGACCUGACAAUUCAUUCCAGCUGCAGCUCGCUCUAAGGUCCUGGAUUCAUAAGGCGAAGUUUGCAUGCCACCCAGGAAGAGGUAGGAAUAGUUCCCUAAUUAAAAGACAUUUCUAUUGGGACACCCUGGAAAAGGAUGUCUGAGAGUAUGUGGCUGCCUGUCCAGUAUGUGCACGCAACAAGUCUAACACUUAACACCCAGCUAGGCUUUUACAACUGCUCCCUGUGCCAUGGUCACGUAUCAUGCUCGUCACCUGUCAGCUGACAAAAACUACUACAUACUCACCAUCAUUGACAGGUCCUCCAAAGCCGCCCACUUUGGCGCCUUAGAUAAGCUUCCCACUACCACUGAAACUAUUCAAAUUCUGGUUUUUCAGAGGACAUUUUCAUUUUCAGAGGACUACCUGUAGAAAUAGUCUCCGACCGCGUCCUGCAGUUCACCUCAUGAGCCUGGAAGGCUGUCUGCACCGCUCUCAGAGCCAAACCUUGUCUUAGUUCUGGUUAUCAUCCCCAAACAAACGGUCAGACUGAACGGUUAAAUCAAGAAUUAGAAACCAUACUCCACUGCAUGACCUUGCAUGGUCCACCCGUCUGCACUGGGCAGAAUACGCUCGUAAUUCACUCACAUCCUCUGCAACUUGAGUAGCUUUCCAUUCAACACCAUCUACAGCGUUGUCGACGAGCUUGGGAUCAGACUAGGCAAGCACUACUCAGGUCAGUCAACUGCCAACACCAGUAUGCCUAUCAACGCCGUUCAAUUGCUCCAGUUUACACGGGGGGACAAAACGUAUGGCUGGCGGGCAAGGACAUUCCACUCAGGACUGAGUCACGCAAACUUUCACCACAGUAUACUAGCCCAUGGUGACGGGGGGGCUGCUGUCAUGGUUCGGGUGACUGGCAGAAUCUUUCUGUAGAGCUGCAGACAUCACUUUGAAGAGGCACCAUGAUGGGUUUAUGGAGGACCUGAAAUGGUAAUUUCUCAGAACUUGCGUUCUGCCAGCAGUCAGGGCUUGACAAUGCACCUGUGCAGGUGUAAACUUUUCAGGGUCAGCAGGCAAACUGGUCAUUUUAGUUAAUAUCAGUGGUAAAGAACAACAUGCAAUUUACAUUUCUGUGGUAGAUUUGAAUGUAGUGUGAUCCAACAUGUUUUCUACCCUUUAAAGAAAAUCAAAACAUGGCAUAACAUAGUAUGGUUUUCCAGUUAUCCUUUCCUCCCUGCUCUUCCCUUGCCUUCCUCACAACAGUUUCUUUUCCUUUGGCCUGUGUUGUUCGGCACUGUAGCAAUCAGAAGGCCUGUCUGAAGGCCAAUAAAAAUGUGCAACAGAUUUAUUUUCCCAAGUGGAACAUUACAGCUUUGCCACACUGGUCCAAUUGAUUGAUCUUUAUAAUUUAUUUAUUUAUUUCCACUUUUAAGUAGGGCUGUCAGCAUUAAUGCUUUAACAGGGCAUUAACGCUUUAACGCUGACAGCCCUACUUUUAAGUUAUUACUAUUGGAACAGAUAGCAUUUCUAUCAGCUCAGCAAACACACAAACUGUUUGCGUGCUGUUUGUCUCACAGUGUGUUGCUAGCUAAAGCUCCAGCUGCUGUAUUUCAUAGGAAGAAAAUAGAAAGAGCUAAAUUCAUUCAGAGAUGGAGCAAGAUAAGAAAGAGGUCAGGAGAGGAAGAAGAGCAGUUAUAUUUAAAGGUAAUGACUUCUCGGUGGUAUUUGAUAAACUGGAAAUUUAAAGCUUGCAUGUAAGUCCUUAUGUUUUUAAAUCAGAUACUGGAUGUGGCAUUAUGCUUUUCGUAUCACGAAACAUGCUGCAAAUCAAACUGAGGCAGACUAACUGCUAUUUAAAGGUUGCUUGAAAAACUUUCCAGGUUAGUGCAGAGAAAAGAACAGUGUGUGACAGCGAAAGGAAAUAAAGUGAGGAGCCGGCUCUCGCUCAAUGGCAGUCGACUCUUCUGAUUUACUACAAAGCAUUCUCUAACCACGGCUCUUAGAACUGAUGCUUUUGCGCGUGAUACAUUAUCAAACGUUGAACGCAAAAAUAUAUAAAUAUUCUGAAGUAUAGUCAAUGUCAGCAAAAAUCUGAUAAAUACCCAGUCUAAAUGAAGGUAUUAUAAAUUCAUCUUUACUCUGUCUUCUUGAAAGGCUUUCUGAGUUUUUGUACAUGCAGCCAGUAAAAACCCUGUAGAAAUCACCAGUUAAUGUUUGCGUAUUUGCUACUCCUCCAUCGAAAGUCUCAUCAAUAAAAUAUGAAUGAUGAAAAAGACAUGACAGAUAACAUAAUCUGAUAUUAAGAACAAAACGUAUUGUCCCUUAACAAGCCUAUUUAAUCUGGCAAGCAUUAGCAUUUGGCAUUUGAGAAGGAAGUUACUGAUGAAUGUAAACGUUGAGUAAAGGGACCUCUAGUGGCUGUCAGUGCCCGUACAGGUAAACACUGCAUUUGUUUUAAUGUAGAGCUUAAAUUUUCUGUUUAAAACCAGGGAAACCAAUAUAAAUAGGUCUAUGACUUGAAAAAAUAAACUUUAAAAUAACCUUAUCAGAAAGACUUUAAAAAAACAAAAACAAAAAGAUCAAAAGACUGGCUUCUAAUCACCAUUGUUACUUAAAUGCAAUCUUUGGCCUGAAUCUAGUUCUACAUGACACUAAAAUCAAGAGGUUUUAUCCUGUGCACAGUGCCACGGCCACUCAGCACAUUCACAUUUGUUACAAGAAUAAUCUGUUAAAAGCCACAUAUUAUUCUUACAAUUAUGGGCUAUAAUUGUAACCCAUUAAGCUUUAGCACUUACCCUGGUAUAGAAAAAUUAAAAACACACACACACCAUUAUUUAUUUAUUGAUUAUUUUUUUUUGUUUUUUUUUUCAAUGUUUUGUCAGUUGAAGCCAAUUGAAGUCUAUCUAAUAGUGCCAAGUUACAACAGGCACUUCAAAGCUCUUUAUACUGUAAGGUUAAAACCGCACAGUAUUAAAGAGAAACCCCCAGCAAUCAAAUGAUCUCCUAUGAGUAAGCACUAAGGCGACAGUGGGGAGGAUAAACUCACUUUUAACAGAGAGAAACCUCCAGCAGAACCAGACUCAUAGGAGCAGCCAUCUGCUGCGACUGGCUGGGGGAUAGUUGUGAUGUCAUUAUAUGUUAAGGAUAUUGAAUUUCAUGUGAAAAUGUUGCUAUAGCAAUUGGUGUUUGUUUGCUAAAAUUAGUGAUUGAACUAAUUAGAUCUUUUCAUGCCGAAGAAUAUUAUAAGUGCAAUUGUCAAUACAUGGAAGAAAAAAAUUAUAACAAUUGCACAACAAUGUGCACGUAAGAAUCUUCUCAGUGUAGGAAUUAGGGAUGAAAUUCGUCUGUGGGUCUGGGGAAACAUACGCCGAGUAAUUGCCGAACACAUAUUGAACAAUAAGGUAAACGGUACUCCACAAAUAGUAAGGAUGGGCCUGAUGACGAAAAGUACUCCUUGUCCCAGAGACUCAACUGGAGCUCUAAUAAAUGAAUACAAAGCUGAAAGGUUUCUGUAAACUCUGGAAAAAAUACUUGCAUUGCUCGUUUGCUCAUUCUCCUCAGAUCUGUUAAUAUCUGAAGGUUCUGGAGGGUAAACAUUGAAUAAAUCAGUGCUGUAACUGUCACUAGUUGAAGUGUCUUCAUCAGAGUUGUUCAUAUAAACACUGGUUGUAGGAACCUCAGCUGUUUCAGAAGGUGACUGUUCAUUUUCAGUUAUAUCUACAGAAACACUGUCUGUAGGAACCUGUGUUUCACUGGUGGGAGACUGUUCAUCUUCAGAGUUGUUCAUAUGAACACUGGUUAUGGGAACCUCAGCUGUUUCAGAGAGGGGACUGUUCGUUUCUUUCCUCACUUUCAGGUAUCAAAUUUAAUCUUUGUUCCCUUGUUGUGUUUUCAGGUUCAAACAAGAAUGCCCAGUCGGGUGUAUUAUACCGGUCCCUCGAAUCUACAAAUUGUUUUGAUUUGGGUGAUUGUUCUUUUUCAUCUGUGUUUAGAGAAACACUGGGUGUGGGAACCUCAGCUGUUUCAGAAGUGGGUGGCAGUUCAGUUUCACUAGUGGGGGAGGUAAAUGGUGCUCGACCAAUAUUAAGGAUUUGGCCGGUGACAUAAGUUACUCCUCAGCUCACGGACUCAACUGGAACCAUAAUAAAGGAAGAAAGAGCUGAAAGGCUUGUUUGAGCUCGGGAAAAAAUUGUUUCUCCUUCCUCUUUUUGAAGACUUCCUCUAACAACAUUAUCAUUGUCCUCAGAUCCAUCAAAUUCACUGCUUGUGGGAACCUCUGUUGUUUCAGAGGUGUCUAGCUGUUCAUCUCCGCCAUCAAUAAUUGGAAAAACGGGCCCAUCAUCUUCAAAAUAAUAUUCUAUACAAUCAAAGACAUCAGUAUCUGAAGGAAUUGUAUGACUGUACUGGUCAUUU